AUGUGGGCUGGGCAAAAUAUUGGUUAUAAUCCCAAUGAACCAACUGAAGAUCUCAAGGCAUUUGAGCGUCGUCUACGAGAGAUUAUCAAUGGUUUAGGUCCUAAAGCAUUGAAGUGGCGUAUUGUUUUGUUUGUUGGUGUUGUAAUGUUUUUAUGCUCUUCGUAUUGGUGGCUUUCUGAUCCUGUCACUUAUCAAGUCGGUUUUCUUGGUUCUCUAAAAUUGCAUCCGGAAUUUGUAUUCAGUCUUGUGUUCCUCAUGAUUAUUUUCUUUAUGGGAGCGCAUAAAAAGGUUGUUUUGCCAAGUAUCAUUGCACAUCGCAGCCGAAUCGUCUUAGCUGAAUAUAACAUGGCGUGUGAUAAUUCCGGAAGCUGA